GCAGGUCAGUUGACCGACAGCUUCUCCAUAAGAAAUACCUGACGAUCGAGACGGUGUAUUAAUUAUUUUUGUGCCUACAUUUGAUUGUGCGAGCGACCAAGAUGCAUUUGCAAUCGUUGAAGAUUUCGCUGCUGUGCGUUUUUUAUCUGAUAAACGGUUCCUUCGGAAUGCCCCACUUAAAUCGUUGGCCUAGAGAUGCCGUUUCAAAUAGAACGAAGACUCGAAUACUGUCACACCCUCCUCGUACCGAGCUUUAUGGCAGCGAACAGGACAUCAUUUUAUUUCCUGACUCGCUAGAGGCCAUGCAGCUGCUCCAGCGAGUGGACGGACCCCCCAAGUGCGCCAAUGGGCUCACCUUUUGCGAGUCCAUCGACGAAUACCCCGAAAACCGUCUGAAGGAAAUUUUGGUUCAAGAUCAAGUUCCGAAAAUUUUGUUCGGUGAGGACCAGGCACCAAAUGAUAUCGUCAAUAGAAUAGGCGACGACGAAGACACUUUCGUCUGUCGUUCCAUUAAAGGGUUGAUCUUCCCCAAAAUGGGUCUCAACAAGGACAACCUUUGGAAGUUGAUAAUUAACUUAGACGGAGAUGACGGAUUUGUCCAAGGAGUUACCAUUGAAACUUGCUAUCGUCCUGACGAGGAGUGCGACGUUUUGGACAACAGUCCUGUCGGGAUCGUAACUUUUUGCCGCCAGAAAUACAUAUAUCGGAAACUGAUGUCGGUUAACGAGAAAGGCAAGGUGGUCCCGGAUUCUUUCCGGCUGCCGUCAGCAUGCUGCUGCGCUUAUAAGCAGGACCAAAAUUUUUUGAGCAGGUUUGGUAAGGGUUUCACACCAUCGAGGAAGCUCAGCCGAAAAUAGGACGAAACUCUCUCUAUAGCGUCUAGAUCUAGCCCUGAUGGAUUUUCGCCGCUUGCACAAAGAAAAACGUUUCGUUCUUCAGAAUGCCCUACAAAAGUCUGGGGCCAGAGUAGAACGAAAGGUUCAAUCUUUCCCCUACCUCAUGCCCGCAGAGUUUUAGGGGAGCGAACAGGACACCAUGUAGACUCCCAGAGGUGGUGGAAUUACUUCAGCGUGUAGAAGCUGAAGGAAGUUUUGAUUAAACUUUAUGCAGUGUGAACGAGGCACCAAAUGAUGCCGCCUGCCAAUCAAUCGAAGGACCGAAAUUUCCCAGAAUGGACCUAAACAACGACAAUCUUUGGAAAUUAAUAAUUAACUUUUAACAAAAAAAAAAACUUGUCUCUACAACGAUAACUUAUUAUACCUUCAUUGUUUUUCGAAUAAUGUCUACCGUUUAGAUCUUAAACGUGAGAAUCAUUUCUGCUCAUAGUACGGCAGUCAGUCACUUUUCUAUUUUUAUUUCGCUUCAGACAGGUAUAGGUGGUUUUUUCGAAACUGAAAUUGAAAGAGACUUCAAGCGGGAAAAAUUUACCAAGUCGCUGUAAACGCAAAGAAAGGACGCUCUUAGAUCGGCAUUACACACAAAAUUUAUAGAAACCAUAAUAAGAAAAGAAUGUACAGGGUUAUUCAUUAUAUUUUGACACCCACCUACAGGGUUAAUUUUGAAAGAUAGAAAAAAAAAAUGUAAAUACAUAAGUUUGAAGAUUUUUUCCCUAUUAUCUUAUGCAAAUGUCAGAAAAAAACAACGACGAUCGCAAACUGUCCAAAAAAUUGAAUUCCCCAUAUAAUUUUUAUUAGAUCUUUUUUUCCUGAUUUCAAAAACAUGACAUUUCAUUUAGCCGUUUUUGGGAUAUUUCAGUUUAAAAAUAAUUAUCAUUCGAUUUCUGGACAAUAGCCAUAUUGCAUAAGUCUACGUUGAUAGCAACCAUAUUAUCUAUGUUUGCAAUUGUUUUAACAAAGUUCCACUUUUGACAACUAAUCAAAACUGAAAAUCUGCAGCGUAACUUUAAGAUAUUAAUUAAGUAAUUAUUAAAUAACGCGCGUGUUAUAGUCCUAUUGAAUACUGUGCUUUUAUCAUUUAGCGAUUCAUUCUUUUAAGAUGGGUCCUUCUACUAGAAGUGGUAGCAAAACCGAAGAAGACAUUGAUCCGUAAGGUGUGUUCUAGCUUUAUAUCCCAAUUUGUGUCUAUUUUUUUCUUUCUUUCUUUCCUUUUUCUUACAUUUAUCCCCCUUUGAUUAGUUUAAAAUUGUCAAAUUGUGUAUUAAGGGACUUAUUUAUAUUUGUUAGUAUUUUUCAUGUUAAAUUCUGAAUAUUCUACUAAAUUGUAUUGUGGGAUAUUCUUAUUGUUGUAUUUUAAUAAAUAUCCGCUUUGCACACGUUAACUAUUAUUGACAUUGGAAUGUUUUGUAGAAAACGAGUUUUAAAAUUCAAGAUAACAAUUACGCUCCCUGGUGGGCAUUUUAAUAACUCCUUCAACUCAUUGUGGUAUAUUCUUUUUGUUGUAUUUUAAUAAAGGCUAUUCAUUAUUAUUAUUACUAUUAUUAUUGUUAUUAUCAAUUCCAACGACUUUAAUUUUCCUGCUUAUUGCAAUGUAAAGUUCGGGGAUGUAGAUAAGUUUCAUUAAUAUGUGGUUUUGUGAAAUUCCUCUUUUUAAAAAUAUAUAAGCUGUAUAAAAAUGAAUUAUAGGCAGAAAGAUUUUUGUCAUCUAAAAAUGUUAUUAUCAAAUGUUAAUAUUGCUGUUUAAGGAGUGAAAACUUAACAACAAUGUCGCCGUACCUGCCGUAACAGAACAAUUCUGGAAAGGCAAACGACCUUGAACGACCCCUGUUUUUUUUGAUCCAUUGACUGCCAGGAAAUGUCACCUGUCUCCGCUUUGAAAUAGUAGACACACUUUAACAAUGAUUAACAUUAGAAAUUAUUGUAGAACACGACUUUAAAAAUUCAAGAUAGCAAUUACGCCCCUGGGGGGCAUUUUAAUAACUCGUUAAACUCAUUGUGGUAUAUUAUUUUUGUUGUAUUUUAAU